CCCCCGAGGUGCUGGCCAGCCUACCCCUCCAGAUGAUGCUCUACUUCAACGUCUACUACUUCCCGGUCUGGUGCCUGGCUGAGGGGAUGAUGCUGCAGCUGAAGUACCACCUGCUGCCUUGGCACUACCAGUUCCUGCUGGUCGCUGCCUUCCUCACCCUCUCGCUGGCUGAGGGCUCCCGCCUCUACCUGGGCUAUGUGGGGAACCUGCAGGAGAAGGUAAGCGCCGUCUCUCUGUCCUGGCUGCGAGUCCCCUGUGCUCGACUGGAGAUGGCCAUGCACAGCCUUUUCCUGGCCUUCCUUGUUGCCGAGAUUGCAGCUGCCUUCUUUGCACUGAAGACCAUGACCAAGCAGCUGGCAGCACAGUUCUACCUGCAGCAGUUCAAGGAGGACGGCAGGGGAGGGCUGGAGCAGGCAGCCAGGGAGGGGUGA